AGCGAGGUCGGCGCGGAGCGGGAGCGGCUCAGAGCGGGGCGGCGGCGGGAGGAGCGGAGCGGAGUUGUGCCCCGGGCCGAGGGGAGCGAGGAGCUGCCUGCGGGCCCAGCAACCGGGCAGGGCAGGGCAGGGGGCAGGAGAGCCAAACUAAACGCCCAACAGCCUCCGGCAUCCGCGGCUGCCCGCUUUCUUUCUUUUUCUUUUUCUUUUUUUUUUUUUUUUUUUUAUUCUUAAUUUUUUUUUCUCCUUAAAAUCAUUCCGAAAGAGAAACAUCACUGUGUUUUUUGGCACACUGCUCCGCGUGCGGAGUUGAUUUCCGCGCACCGCUGACAAACAAAGGAAAAGGGGGAGGGGGACCGCGCUUCGCAGAAGACAUGCGUUCCGUCAGGAAGAGGUGGACUGUGUGCACCAUAAGUCUCCUCCUCAUCUUUUACAAGACCAAGGAGAUCGCGCGCACUGAGGAGCGCCAGGAGGCUCCGCUCGCCGGAGAUGGUGAGCUGAGUUUGAGUCGAUCAAUGAUCAAUAGCUCUGAUAAAAUAAUCCGAAAGGGCGGCUCCGCUAUCUUCCAGCAUUCUGUAGAAGGUUGGAAAAUCAAUUCUACUUUGGUACUGGAGAUAAGAAAGAGUAUUCUUCGAUUCUUGGAUGCGGAAAGAGACGUCUCAGUGGUCAAAAGCAGCUUCAAGCCAGGAGAUGUAAUCCAUUAUGUACUAGACAGACGUCGCACCCUAAAUAUUUCUCAGGAUUUGCACAGCCUUCUCCCUGAGGUUUCCCCAAUGAAGAAUCGCCGAUUUAAAACCUGUGCUGUAGUUGGAAAUUCUGGCAUCCUUCUGGACAGUGGCUGUGGAAAAGAGAUAGAUACCCAUGACUUUGUUAUAAGGUGCAAUCUAGCUCCCGUGGUGGAGUUUGCUGCAGAUGUGGGAAAUAAGUCUGAUUUUAUUACCAUGAACCCAUCAGUUGUACAAAGAGCAUUUGGAGGCUUUCGGAAUGAGAGUGACAGAGAAAAAUUUGUGCAUAGACUAUCCAUGCUGAAUGACAGUGUCCUUUGGAUCCCUGCUUUCAUGGUCAAAGGCGGAGAGAAGCAUGUGGAGUGGGUUAAUGCAUUAAUCCUUAAGAAUAAAUUGAAAGUGCGAACCGCCUAUCCAUCACUGAGACUUAUUCAUGCUGUCAGAGGCUACUGGCUGACAAACAAGGUGCACAUCAAACGACCCAGCACUGGUCUCCUCAUGUACACGCUUGCCACCAGAUUUUGUGAUGAAAUUCACCUGUAUGGAUUUUGGCCAUUCCCAAAGGAUUUACAUGGAAAACCAGUCAAAUAUCAUUAUUAUGAUGAUCUGAAAUAUCGGUACUUUUCUAAUGCCAGCCCACACAGGAUGCCAUUAGAGUUUAAAACAUUAUAUGUACUACAUAACAGAGGAGCACUUAAGUUAACAACAGGGAAAUGUGUACAGCAAUAAAGCACAUGUAAAGUACAGUAAGAAGGACAGAAUAUGCUCUUCAUCAUAAAGAUGCUGUGGAAUGGCAGUGGGAUCCCAGUGAGGAUAUGUUUCAAUACCCUUUCAGCCAUUGGAAAAAAGAAUUUUAUCAGAAGUACAUAACCAGCUAUUAUACCUGCAAAGUGCUAUAAAACUAAGCUAUCUUGACUGCAAGGGUUCAAGUAAGUGCCACUUUCACUAAGAACAAAGUUUGAAUGUAUACUCAGUAGUGUUUACAGUAUCCAAUGAUACAUUCAUCAUGAAUUAAAGAAGAAAAAUAUAGCCUGCUUACUGCUGACUUACCACUGUGGUCAGAGAGGAAACAUCACCUGGGGACAAUGUAUUUUCUUCUGUAAAGAAACUAGGCUUUGGAAGGAAAAAAAUAUAUAUAUAUAUAUCAUGAUGGAAUUGAGUAGAGAAAGUGAAAUCCAUAAGGUCAAACAAGUAAAUGAAUUCAGUCAGGGGACUGUUUCUGAUUCUGUAUUAUAACCAGAGCUUUUGUUGCUGUUUUUCUUAUGGCUGUUGGUUGGGUUUUGUUGCUUUUGAGUAUUUGAGUCCUUAAAGGAUUUUGAGGAUGUAAUGAGUAAUUAAAAAUACAUAUUUUAUGGAAUUCUCUUAGGGGGAAAAAAAACAAAAACACAAAAAACUACAAAAAAUAAACACAAAAAAAACAAAAGGGUAGGAGGGUGGAGGGAAACAUAAAAUACUUUGUCAGUUGUUAUUGUGUUGUAACCUACUGUCACACAACUCUUAACCUCCCAAUUGUUUUUCUAGCUUCAGUUGUUGAUACAUGGAAGCACUCAGAGAUAGGUCAUUUUGAGCCAUUUUUUCAAGAGUGUUGCUGUUGUGUUCAGAUUUGAAGACAUUUACAAAAAGGUGCCCUUAUUUUUGGUACCAAAGAUUACUCUUACAGUGUGUAUACAGCUUUUUCCUUGAAGAAGUAGAUGUAGUAUGAUGUUUCUUUGCUGCUGAGGGAACCAUGUUUAAGUUUUUGAACUGAACAUCUCAGAAGUGAAGACUCUGUACUUUGCCUAUAUUAUUUCAUUCUUCAGAAAAAUCUGCAAGGGUAAAGAAAUUAUUUCAUACAUUCAAAAAUAUAUGUGAUUUUUAUUCCUAAUUGAAUGGAAAACACAGAGUCUAAAGAAACUCAGGUGACGUAGUGGAAUAUGAUUCAAGAUGAAGAAGUCCAAUUAAAUGGAAAACAGAUGAACUGUAGAUCAAUGAGUUCUUUUGAAACUUACAUUUCUAAUGGUGUUGGAUGAUAACUCCAUCUAAUAUACCUCUUUUCUAUCAGCUUGAUGUUCUGAUGUGUAAUUCACUGAAAUAACACAGAGCUGCAUUAUUUUACACUGAUUCUUCUGAGCAUCAACUUUGUUUAUCCGUGAAACUGAGAAUUCUUUCCCUCUCUUCGUUCAGAAAUAAAUGAAGAAGAUAUAGGAGGGCAAGGAAGGGUCAGUAGAACAUAUAAUAGUAUACAGUACGCGUGUGCAUACAGUAUAUUUUAGCUUUUCAGGAGCAGGUGAAGUGAAAACACUGUAAGGAGAUGGCAUGCAGAUACCAGGAGUAUUUUCUUCUUACAUUUUCAGCUCUAGGUUAGAUUUUCAUCUCUGGUGAUGUUUAGUAUAUUCAUCUUAGUUUGAGCAGUUAAUACAUAGCAAGGCACUAACAAAUGCCAGUCUAACAGAAGGUCAGAAGAGCACCUUAGUGAGCUUUAUCUGUUCCUCUGGGAAUGGUUUUUCUUCAAAGUGGUGUCAGGCAAUCAACAAAAAGAGAAUUCAAGUAAACUAAAAUACAAACUGUGCUGCAAGCUGUCCAUUUUGAGGUAGUUUGUGACAGUGGGUUACCAGUUGCUCUAGGUUGAUAUGAAUUGUAAUGUGCCCUGGAGUUUCCUGGUUGGUUUAAUUGCCUUGGUUGUUAGCGCUAUUACUGCUAGGGAGCCAUAGCAAUGGACUCACUGCAAACAUCCUUUCUCACCUUUCCUUUACACCUGCCUCUGUAUGGCUGUGGGAUCUAUGUAUGUGUCUCUCCAGGCAUCCCAGGUCCCCUGUAUGACUUUUUCCCUACAGCUGACCUAGUGGAGAAGCGAAGGUACCCCAAAUGCUUAGCAGCUGUAUAGGGACUUUGUAGUGGAAUAUAUUUCAUCUAGUGGUUCUCAGUGCAGCAGUGAACAGCUCAAACCUCCAUACUUGCCUGGGAUCAUUUCUGGUUUUUUUUAUAAAUGUUCGUACCUCCUGUGUUGCCUCUCAGAUAACAGGCUUUAUUAAAAUUACUACUUUUAUCAUCCAACACUAUCCACAACUAAUAUGGAGUACAUACAAGAAGAAGAAAGAUCCCUAAUAUUGUGAUGAGAUCUGCCCCAUUGAAGAUCAACUGUGGAAUAUCCACUUACUCAAAUUUAUCCUCCCAUAGGCCAUGGUAAUUAAUUACCAGCCAUGUUUUCUAAAUACAUGUUAAAAAUAAGAACCAAGAGCUACAUCUGGACAGCCGUGAAUAUUUUUCCAAUUCUCAUUGCAGCUCUACAUUAAAGAACUCAGUUUCAUACAUAUAAAUUUAUUAUAAAUGUUUUAACAUCAUGUAUAUUAAUGUUUUUGUGGCAGACAGUCUUUCAUAUUUCAUAAAGAUAAUAGAUAAAUACCUUUGAUUGUUAAGUAUUCAGCUUUGGGAAAAUUCUUUCUCCCACAUCUCUGAGCCACUCUCCACUGAACCUUUCAGAGUUUGGCUUGUUUACAUAAUCUGAUGUCUAGUAAAAACUGUAUCACUGUUUUGUUAAACAAUAAAAUCAAUACAUGACUGAGGUCAGCACCUUUUUAUUUUUUUUUUCUUUUAACUUUCUUUUUUUUUCCAAUUGAUUGCAAUCUGAAGAAAAAUAGGUGUGGGUUCAGAACAUUUUAUUAGUGUUUGAUCUGGAAAAGUGCUGUGCACUCUUUACAGUGACUUUCCUGGAGAGAUGUGUCCAGGAUUUAGAUGGGGAUCUAGAUUAGCAUAUUUCAGGAUAUUAAUCUGAAAUUGCACGUUAUUUAUUUUUAAGAGCACUGUUACUUUGUGUUGGGAAAAGCACAAUUGUUCUAAAUGUAGAUAAAAUAAAGGAAGAGUGUUUACAGAGAGCAUCAUUCCUGCACAGUACUACUGCUACUGAGCAUAUGUAACACAAUUUCUGUGGUUUGAAGUAUUGAUAUGUAUUCUGUCAGAAUUGUCAUGUUUGACACUUUAAUAUUAUUCCAAGUACGGCUAUUGGGGAUUGUUUUCUUAUUUGUACAACUGUAAAAUAAAGAAUUUUUUUUCAUUUUUCUGCUA